ACUCAUUCGCACGUUCUGUUUUGUCCCUUGUUCUCCCCUCAAGAGUGCGUUGGACCUAGUUGGUAAAUUCGGUUUGAUUUGAAAGCUGCAGACUUGUUGGUGACCUGGCAGAAGGACUUUUUUGUUGCAUUCGCUUCGUCCGAAUCAAGAGAAAGUUGUUCGUUGCAACACUGAUGCUCGUUUGUCGACCGAAUCGUGGUUUUUGAAUGAAAAGUGCAAACUUUUGUGAUCGAAUUACAAUGAUUUUCAAAGUUGAUAAUAUCCCCGGCGCGAAUGGCCUCCGUCUGACGCUUUUGGUGGCCGUCAUUGUCGCAGUGCUGGUUGCUCGAUCGAACGCGGCCCAGGCCGCAAACAACAAUAAUGAAACGCCUCAGCAAAUAGACGGCAAAAUCGUUAAUCAAGGAUCGGAGCAAAAGCGUUCUGGACUCUUGGAUAACAUUUUCAACAUUCCGAUACAAACCUUGAAGGCGGUUAAUGAACUGGUGCAGAGCAUUGCCGGUAAUCUUCAAGCGGCCGGCUCUGGAACUUACUUCGGUUCCAAAAACAGGAACAUCAACGUUAAUCUGGAUGAUGACGAAUCCAAGAAGGAAAAAAACUAACUGUUGAGUUUUUCAAGGGUGGUUAGUGCAACACUUCUGAGUGGGCGUUAUCGUGUUUAAGUAUUAGCUGUGAUUUGUAUUUUAGGCGACAAUAAUUAAA